AUGGCUGCUGCAGCGUCACGCAAGAAAGACGCUCCGCCACCGUCAACUCCCGGCCAAGACGUCUACAUGGGCGGUCCUGUCCGUGACAUGGAGGGAGCAAAUACCGGAAGGCACAAUGAAAUAGAUCGAGCAUUCCUUGCGUGGCAGCUAUUGCUCUGGUCAGACGUUGGUGCUGUGUGUCUGUUCGACCAAACGACUUCAACUUGGAAUCUGGAGGAUGAUCCUAACGCUUUUGGGGACUGUUACGGCGUCCGCUCCGCUCCGCGAGUGUAUAUUGCUACCCCUGAUGGUGAGGCUUGA